UUCCAACUAUUGGCGCAACCUUCCAUUCUUCUUGACCGGGUAAGCUUUUCAAGAAAUCCUCGCGAGUCGCGUCCUUUUUACGUCACCCUACACAGACAAAAGAGUUUCAUCGGCCCAUGCCGUAUUUGUAAGUAUUUUCGUUCCUUGAGGUUCUUCCCUUUAUCUUUUGGAGAGAGAGAUGGGUUCGCAGGAGGACGGAAGAUCGCUCUUGGAAGAUGGUCUUUUAGAGAAUGAAAGCAGCAGCCAAUACACAGGGGAUGGCUCAGUUGACUUUCAUGGAAAGCCUGUUCUGAAGCAGAAUACUGGAAAUUGGAGAGCCUGCCCCUUCAUUCUAGGUACUGAAGGUUGUGAACGUCUUGCCUACUAUGGGAUUGCUACUAAUCUUGUUACUUAUCUUACCACCAAACUACAUGAAGGAAAUGCCUCUGCUGCAAGAAACGUUACCACUUGGCAAGGGACUUGUUAUCUUACACCCCUCAUUGGAGCUGUCAUAGCAGAUUCAUACUGGGGAAGAUAUUGGACAAUUGCUUCUUUCUCCACAAUUUACUUCAUUGGAAUGUGUAUAUUGACACUUUCAGCAUCUGUUCCUGCCUUUAAGCCUGCUGAAUGUGUGGGUUCUGAAUGCCGGUCAGCUACUCCAGUUCAGUAUGGAGUCUUCUUUCUUGGGCUCUAUCUGAUUGCUUUGGGAACUGGUGGGAUCAAACCCUGUGUUUCGUCAUUUGGUGCAGAUCAGUUCGAUGAUACUGAUUCAAGGGAAAGGGUAAAGAAGGGAUCCUUCUUCAACUGGUUUUAUUUUUCUGUCAAUAUUGGUGCUCUUAUAUCAAGCAGUUUCUUGGUUUGGAUUCAAGACAAUGCUGGGUGGGGUCUAGGAUUUGGCAUUCCUGCAAUUUUUAUGGGCAUUGCUAUUGCAAGUUUCUUUUCAGGCACUCCCCUCUAUAGAUUUCAGAAACCAGGGGGAAGCCCUGUUACACGAAUGUGGCAGGUUUUGGUUGCAUCAUUCCGUAAGAGGAAUAUGGUGGUCCCUACAGAGAGUAAUCUCUUGUAUGAAACACAAGACAAAAUCUCUGCCAUUGAAGGAAGUCGGAAACUGGAGCAUACUGAUGAAUUAAAGUGCCUUGAUAAAGCUGCUGUACUGUCAGACGCCGAUAUCAAAAGUGGAGACUUCUCCAAUCCAUGGAGGCUUUGCACUGUAACACAGGUGGAAGAAUUUAAGAUUUUGAUCCGCAUGUUCCCAAUCUGGGCCACUGGAAUAGUGUUUUCUGCUGUUUAUGCCCAAAUGUCUACAUUGUUUGUUGAACAAGGGAUGAUGAUGGACACAAGUAUUGGUUCUUUCACCAUUCCUCCAGCCUCCCUGUCAUCCUUUGAUGUGAUCAGUGUUAUUUUCUGGGUUCCUAUAUAUGAUAGGAUAAUUGUCCCAAUUGCAAGGAAAUUUACUGGCAAAGAGAGGGGCUUCUCGGAGUUGCAGCGGAUGGGGAUCGGGCUUUUUAUUUCUGUGCUAUGCAUGUCAGCAGCUGCUUUGGUAGAGAUAAAUCGGCUGCGGCUUGCGAGAGAGCUAGGUUUGGUGGAUGAAGAUGUAGCUGUACCAAUCAGUAUAUUAUGGCAAAUACCCCAGUAUUUCUUGCUGGGAGCUGCAGAGGUAUUUACAUUUAUAGGGCAGCUUGAGUUCUUCUAUGACCAAUCCCCAGAUGCCAUGAGGAGUUUGUGCAGCGCCUUGUCGCUUUUGACAACUGCAUUGGGAAACUACCUGAGCUCUUUUAUUCUGACAAUAGUAACUUACCUCACAACACAGGGGGGGAGCACCGGAUGGAUCCCAGAUAACCUGAACGAGGGUCAUCUUGAUUAUUUUUUCUGGCUUUUAGCCGGCCUCAGCUUCAUAAAUCUCUUGUUCUAUGUUGUCUGUGCCAAAAGGUACAAACAAAAGAAGGCUUCCUAGGGAUUCUCCAAGAAGACGUCAUUUCUCCAAAUUAUUAACAAACAAUUGGUCUGUAUAUAAUGUACUUAAUUUACUCUCUCCGCACUCAGAAUUUCGAUUCAGGUUCCAGCUUGUAUUUAUUUGUGUUCAAAAUAUUUCCACCAAGAAUUUAAUGAUCAGCUUAAUUCUAAGCUAUUUAUUUA